AUGGAGCGUGCAGCAGCUCUAGGUCCCAAGCCAGAAGUCCCAUCUCAGGCCCUUGAGAAUGUUCUACCACUGGCUAAAGACUGGCUGCCAGGAGUCCCUGGAGAUGCCCCAGCCUGGGCUACCAGUCUUAAUACAGAGCUUCCCUCAGAUCUAGAGCUGAGUGAGGAGCUGCGGCUACAGAUCUCCAAGGAGCUGGUCGACCUGCAGAUCACAACCCAUCGUCUGCAAGAGCAGCACGAAGCUGAAAUUUUUGAGCUGAAGAAUGAGGUCCUGCGGCUGGAGAGCCGGGUGCUGGAGCUGGAGCUGCAUGGAGACCAUGCAGCCCCAGCACAGACUGGUCCAGGGCACCUCCAGGCAUUUGCACAGAAGCUUGAUCAGAAGGCCAAGGGACAGGGAGAUGGCAACCACCACAUCCUCCAGGCAAAGCCUGAGGACUUCCGGACCCCUGAGAAUGAGCUGCAGAAGCUGGGAAAUGGCCUGCAAGAAGUGAAGUGGGUGCUGGAGCAGCACAGAACCAGGCAGCAAGCACUGGAGAUGCGUGUGUCAGCCCUGGGCCAGCAGCUGCAGGGAGCCCAAGAGGAGGCCAGGACAGCUGGGCAGCGACUGGCUGCACAAGCUGUGGUGCUGUCCACCUGCCAGGGCCAGCUCCGCCAGACUGAAGCCGAGAAUGCCCGGCUGCAGCUGCAACUCAAAAAGCUGAAUGAGGAGUACACUGUCCGGCUGCAGUGCUGUGCCCGAGCCCUGGUGGAGUAUGCAGAUGGUGCGAGCCAGGCACCUACAGCUGGAGGAGCCCUUCGGACGUUCCUGGAGACCACCCUGGAAGACAUCCGAGCAGCACACCACAGCCGUGAGCGACAGCUGGCCCGGGCUGCUCGCACCUACCGCAAGCGCCUGGCAGAUCUGAGCAGAAGGCAUGAGGAGCUGCUAGGUGCCCACAGGGCACCUGGGAUCCACAAGGCUACUUCUGAUGCAGUCACCUCAGACCUGGAGCCACUGCCCCUGCACCUGGUGACUGAGCUUGGCCACCUUCAGAAGGAUCAGGGAGGGCUCAGGGUGCUGCUCUUGUUCCCACAGAACGGACCUGACGAAGCCUCCCCAGGGAGCACAUCAGAGCCACAGAGCCUGGAAGCUGCAUCCUGGUCACAGAUCUACCAAAAGCUCCAGAACUUCUACCGUGGCACCCAGGCAGAGCUGGAAUGGGAGCGGGCACAACUACUAGUCCGAGCCACAAAGGCUGAGGAGCAACUUUCUGAGCUUCAGGAGUAUGUGGACCAGCACUUAGGCAGGUACAAGAAGGAGAUCCUAAGGCUAAGGAAGCUGUUGGGUUCAGGAGACACCCAGGAAGUGGGGGCCAUGCCUCCAGCCAAGCAUCAGCGCCCAAGGACCCGCAGCCACUAGCCAGUCAUCAGAUAAACUUGGAGCACAACUCUUCCCAGCCCGCAUGGAAUCCUCUAGGGAAUCAUUUGACCCAACCCUCCACACAAUAAAAGUCAGGGUGGAGCCCAUUGAGUCUUUAU